AUGGAAGACGGGGUAUCGUCUAAUUUGAACAUAGAAAAACGAUUUGAUCAUCUGAAAGCUUUUUCUAGUAACAUUGCAGGGUUGGUCUCAGAGUUGAAAGACUUGAUAAAAGUUCACGAAAUUUUAAUAUAUAAAGAAAAAUUGAACACCACCAAAAAGGAAAAAUUGUUGAAGCAGCAACAUGAUCUCACCAUACUCAAGCAUGACCUCGAACUCAUAAAGAAGGAAAAUGAAAAAAUGGAUGAACAGUUGAAAUUCUACAAAAAAAUUGAUGAUUCGAUAAACUGUGAAAUUCUUAAUGUUUCUCAAAAUAUACAAAAAGUGAAGAUAAACAUGAAUAUACAACAAAAAAAGAAAAUAGAGAUAAAAAAAAACAUCAGUGAAAUGAAAAACAACUGCGAGACAAAACCAAGAGCGAAGUAA